AUGGCAGCGUGGUCCGUUCACAACGCCACCGUGACCAACUCCAUCCUCCUGACAUCCCACGGUCCCCCAGACCUAAUGUUGGACCCCGACUCUGUCGCUGUGUGUUUGGAGGACUGUAACCGAAGCUCCGCCCAGUGUGACCGAAGCCCCUCCUAUUGUGACAGAGGCUCCUCCCACUGUGUCUGUAGCCCCGCCCCCAGCCUCAUAGGCCGCGCCCCCUCCAUCACCGAGGCCCAGCGUGUCCGCUCGUUACCUCGGCGACCUGCCGUUAACAUCCGCUUCAUCAGCGUCAGUUACUCUGUCCCAGAGGGCCCCUGGUGGCGGAGCAGAGGUUCUAAGCAGCUGCUGCAUUCCGUCUCUGGCAGCUUCCACAGUGGGGACCUUGUCGCCAUCAUGGGGCCCUCAGGAGCCGGCAAGUCCACCCUCAUGAACAUCCUGGCUGGGUACAGGGAGACUGGUAUGACGGGUCAGGUCCUCAUAAACGGACACCCGCGGGUUCUGCGCUCCUUCCGUAAGGUGUCGUGUUACAUCAUGCAGGAGGAUAAGCUCCUCCCACAUCUGAGCGUUACCGAGGCAAUGAUGGUGUCCGCCGCCCUGAAGCUGAACGAGGAAGAGGAGGGACGAAGAGCCAAGGUGAAGGAGGUGUUGCUGGCCCUCGGUCUUCUUGAAUGCGCGGACACUCGGACGUCGCGCCUGUCUGGGGGGCAGAGGAAGAGACUCGCCAUCGCACUGGAGCUGGUCAACAACCCUCCAGUCAUGUUCUUCGACGAGCCAACCAGUGGUCUCGACAGCUCAUCGUGUUUCCAGUUGGUCUCGCUGCUGAAGGCUUUAGCUCGCGGCGGUCGCACCAUCGUCUGCACCAUCCACCAGCCCAGCGCCAAACUCUUCGAGCUCUUUGACAAGCUCUACGUCCUCUCUCAGGGACAGUGCAUCUACAGAGGAGCCUUGAGCCAACUGGUCCCAGAUCUGAGAGACCUGGGUCUGAACUGUCCGACCUAUCACAACCCAGCGGACUAUGUAAUGGAGGUGGCGUCCGGCGAGCACGGGGACCAGACGCUGCGAUUGAUUCGAGCCGUUCGGGAUUCAGACCCUGGUGAUCUCCCUGACAAUGGGACAGACUUGCUGCUAUGGCAACAGUCUCAGGAGGACUCGUGCUCCUGCCACAAUUUCUCCGCCUCCUGUUUCACUCAGUUUCGUGUUUUAUUCAAAAGAACUUUUCUCAACAUCAUGAGAGACUCAGUCCUCACCCAUCUGCGCCUCCUCUCCCACCUGGUUGUGGGCCUCCUGAUCGGUCUCCUGUACCUGGGGAUUGGGAACGAGGCCAAGAAGGUCCUUAGUAACUCGGGAUUCCUCUUCUUCUCCAUGCUGUUCCUGAUGUUCGCUGCACUGAUGCCCACAGUGCUGACGUUUCCUCUGGAGAUGGGAGUGUUCCUCAGAGAACAUCUGAACUACUGGUACAGUCUGAAGGCCUACUACAUCGCCAAGACAACAGCCGACAUCCCAUUCCAGGUGCUAUUCCCGGCUCUCUACUGCCUCCUGGUGUACUGGAUGACCUCGCAGCCCGCAGACCUGACUCGGUUCCUGCUUUUCGUGAGUCUGGGAGUUCUGACCUCACUGGUGGCUCAGAGUCUGGGCCUUCUGAUCGGAGCGGCCUCCACCUCCCUGCAGGUGGCUACCUUCGUGGGUCCGGUCACUGCAAUCCCAGUUCUGCUGUUCUCUGGUUUCUUCGUGAGUUUUGACACCAUCCCCUGGUACCUGCAAUGGAUGUCCUACUGCUCCUACGUCAGGUAUGGCUUUGAGGGUGUGGUCUUGUCCAUAUAUGGUCUUGGGCGGGACAACUUGCACUGCGACCCAGGGGAGACGUGUCACUUCCUGAAGGCGGCAGCCAUCUUGGAAGAACUGGACAUGGGCGGAGCCAAGCUAUACCUGGACUUUCUGGUUCUGAGCGGCUUCUUUGUGUGUUUGAGGCUAAUGGCGUACGUCAUCCUGCGCUACAAGAUCAGAGCGCAGAGAUAA